GUGAUGAUGGCUCUGGUAAAACAACCCUGCUGACUAAAAUCCAAGGAGUAGAGCAUGGCAAGAAAGGAAGAGGGCUGGAAUAUCUAUACCUAAAUGUCCAUGAUGAAGAUAGAGAUGAUCAAACCCGCUGUAAUGUUUGGAUUCUUGAUGGUGAUUUGUAUCACAAAGGUCUCUUGAAGUUUGCUGUGACAGCAGAAUCAUUGCAGGAGACUCUCGUAAUCUUUGUGGCAGAUAUGUCUAGGCCAUGGACUAUUCUGGAAUCCUUACAAAAAUGGGCAAGUGUCUUGCGGGAACAUAUUGAUAAACUGAAAAUACCCCCAGAAGAAAUGAGGAACAUGGAGCAACAAU